AUGAUAACGCAUGGCUAUUUCUAUAAUCUGGAUGAAAUAUCCACAGAAAUUAAAUUUUUGCUAUUAUGGUGUUUCUUUUACCACAAAAUAAUAAUAUCUGGACGUGAUAAAGGUAGAAAAGUAAAGGGAAAGGCAAAGUUCCAUUCAAAUCGUGCAGGAUUACAAUUUCCAGUUGGUCAUAUCUAUCGUUUAUUGAGAAAGGGAAAUUAUGCAGAAAGAGGAGGAGUUGCUGCAGUCUUAAUGGGAUAUUUAGCUGCUGAGGUUCUAGAAUUGGCCGGUAACGUCGCUAGAGAUAUUGACAGUUUUAUUAUCCCCAGGCACGAGAAAGAAUUGAACAAAUUGCUUUGGAGAGUUACGAUUGCUAAGGUAGUGUUUUACUCAACAUUCAAACUCUACUUUUGCCAAAGAAGACUAAAAAGAGAGCCUAAUUGCUUUUAA